AAAAAAAAAGUACUGCAAAGGAACCCACACACACACUCUCUCUCUUUCUCGCUCCGUUCUGAGCGACCGAAAUGAUGUCGACCGUUAACAUAGAGCCUAUGCUCCACCAGUGUCAUCGUGAGAGUCCUAGGUACGGUCUGAAAUCCAAGGCUUUCAAGCCGCGCUACUUGAAUUGCUCUACGAAUCACAAGCUGGUCUUCCAGGCCCGGAGCUUCUGCAACUUCAGGCCUACCAAGGUUCACGCUCUCAGAGCUAGCUCCACCGCUCUCGUUGAGACCGUCGAAUCCGCCGACCCUUUCUUCAAGGAGACUUUCCCUCUGAAGCAAACUAAAACGGUUGAGGGAACGAUCUUCAUCAGAUUAGAUCAUGGGCCGAAUGAUACAAAUUGGGAGCUUACUGUUGGUUGUGAUCUUCCUGGGAAAUGGAUUCUUCACUGGGGAGUUUCUCAUGUUGAAGAUGUUGGCAGACCAUCUAUAAAAUUUGACAGUGAAUGGGAUCAACCUCCUACUGAAAUGAGACCCCCGGGUUCAAUUCCCAUCAAGGACUAUGCAAUACAGACGCCCUUGAAGAAAUUAUUGUCACCGGAAGGAGACACAUUUUACGAAGUGAAGAUUGAUCUCAAACCCAUCGGUGCAAUUGCUGCCAUAAAUUUUGUUUUGAAGGAUGAAGAAACUGGAUCUUGGUAUCAGCACAAGGGGAGGGAUUUCAAGGUGCCUCUUGUAGACUACCUUCAAGGUGGUGGCAAUAUAGUAGGAGCAAAAAGGAACUUUGAUAUAUGGCAAGGGUUUGGGAGGAGGUGUAUCAUGCGUGGCUGGUUUAUGAUCUUCAACAGUUUUCCUGGGGCUUUGGGGCCGCUAUCUAAGUUGCUCCCUAAAGUAGAAGCGUCACAUUCUAAUGGUCCAGGCAGCAGCACUGAAUCCGAAGACCUUAAACAAGAAAGUAGGAGCCUAGAAGGGUUCAAUGAAGAGCAGCUUAUUGUGAAACAAGUUACUAUUGAUAACUCAGUCACUGUUUGUGUUAGAAAGUGCUCAGAGACAGCUAAAAAUCAUCUAUAUGUAGAAACUGAUCUACCAGGAGAUGUUGUUAUUCACUGGGGAGUUUGCAGAGAUGAUACCAAAAAGUGGGAACUUCCAGCUGCGCCACAUCCACCAGAUACAAUAGUUUUCAAGGACAAGGCUUUGCGGACUCGAUUACAGCCAAAAGAAGGUGGAGAUGGAUCUUUUGGAUUGUUUACUGUAGAGGAAGGACUUGAAGGGUUUCUUUUUGUGCUCAAGCUAAAUGAAAAUACUUGGUUGAAAAGUAUGGGAAGUGACUUCUACAUCCCCCUCUCAAGUUCUAGUAGCUUGCCUGCUAAAUCCAGACAGGGUCUAUCUGAAAGUGCACAGAUAGCUGAAGAUAAUGCAGAAGCAAAUCAAAAAGGAUCUAUUAGUGCAUUAACUACUGGAAUAAUUAAUGAAAUAAGGAACUUGGUAAGUGACAUUUCGUAUGAGAAGGGUCGAAAGACCAAAACUAAAGAAGCACAAGAAAGUAUUCUUCAAGAAAUUGAAAAACUGGCUGCUGAAGCCUAUAGUAUCUUCAGAAGCUCCAUUCCUACUUUCUCGGAGGAAGCUGUUGUUGAAUUCGAGGAACUAAAACCUACGGUCAAAAUAUGCUCAGGGACGGGCACAGGGUUUGAGGUAUUGUGCCAAGGGUUUAACUGGGAAUCUCAAAAAUCUGGAAGAUGGUACAUGGAGCUGAAAGAAAGAGCUUCAGAAUUAUCUUCGCUUGGUUUCACUGUGAUUUGGUUACCACCACCUACAGAAUCUGUGUCACUCGAAGGAUACAUGCCAAAGGAUUUAUAUAAUUUAAAUUCCAGAUAUGGAAAUAUGGAUGAGCUGAAAGAAAUUGUGAAGAGAUUUCAUGGAGUUGGAAUGAAAGUCUUGGGAGAUGUUGUCUUGAAUCACCGCUGUGCACAGUAUCAGAAUCAGAAUGGUGUUUGGAAUAUCUUUGGCGGUCGUUUAAAUUGGGAUGAUCGCGCAGUUGUUGGAGAUGACCCCCAUUUUCAGGGAAGGGGCAACAAGAGCAGCGGAGAUAAUUUCCACGCUGCUCCAAACAUUGAUCAUUCACAAGAUUUUGUGAGGAAGGAUAUUAGAGAAUGGUUAUGUUGGCUAAGGAAAGAAAUUGGGUAUGAUGGGUGGAGGAUGGAUUAUGUCAGAGGAUUUUGGGGUGGUUAUAUCAAGGACUACCUGGAAGCAAGUGAACCUUUCUUUGCUGUUGGAGAGUAUUGGGAUUCCCUCAGUUAUACGUAUGGUGAAAUGGAUCAUAAUCAAGAUGCGCAUAGGCAGAGAAUUAUAGACUGGAUCAAUGCAACUAAUGGAACUUCUGGUGCAUUUGAUGUCACGACCAAAGGGAUUCUUCAUUCAGCACUGGAAAGAUGUGAAUAUUGGCGAUUAUCGGAUCAAAAGGGAAAGCCUCCUGGGGUUGUUGGAUGGUGGCCAUCACGUGCUGUUACCUUUAUAGAGAAUCAUGACACUGGUUCUACUCAGGGUCAUUGGAGAUUCCCACGUGGAAAGGAAAUUCAAGGAUAUGCUUACAUCCUGACUCAUCCAGGAACACCCUCAGUGUUCUUCGACCAUAUUUUCUCUGGCUACCAAUCUCAAGUUGCAGAAUUAAUCUCUAUCAGGAACCGGAACAAAAUCCAAUGUCGCAGUACAGUCAAAAUUGCAAAGGCUGAAAGGGACGUGUAUGCGGCCAUCAUUGGUGACAAAGUUGCAAUGAAGAUAGGACCAGGUCACUAUGAACCCCCAGGUGGGCCCCAGAAAUGGUCUUUUGCUGCUGAGGGAAGAGAUUACAAGGUCUGGGAAGCAGCUGCUUGAUAUAAUCGAAAUGAUUUCAAUCAUAUAUCUCCUAGUGUAUAUAAAAUCCAUCGGUUGCAGAAGGUUUAAUUUACACGGCUAGUUUUCAUCAUUUUUUCUAUGAAGCGCGCAUAUUUGAAGAGCGCCUUAAAGAAUAAUAUAAGCUCCGUUUGUUAGUGUUUUUUAUUUUUUAUUUGUUUGAAAACGUGUUAUAUAUAAUGUAAUAUAAAAAUGAAUGGUUUUGAGUGUUUUGUA